UGGGGGACUGGAGAGGGUUGCAUUGCAUGAAGAUCCGAUGAAAGAUAGCAGGCUUUUGCAAUAAGAGGGCAAGAGAGAGAGGGGUGGGGGCAGAAUGACGCUGAUUCGGGGCUAUUGAUCUCUCCCUCCCCUCUAUACCGGGUCAGUAGUUUGAUCAGAGCGCGCGCAGGAUCACACAGAAGAGCAACACACGCGCUUUUGUAACAUGAGGCGGCGCGUAUAGAGCCAUCCAACAGGACACUCAUCACCAAUCCGAUCCCGUCUGUCUCUAACCUGAUGACGGGAAAUAAUAAGAUUAUCCAGCAGGACAGGAGAGCGACGCGUUAUAUCUCGGGAGAAAAGUAACUGGUGUGGCUUGACAAGAUGAUGGUGCGCUCGAGAUCAACAGAUCUGGCCAUGAAUCCGUUCAGAAUCUCCGUGCUGAUGAUGUUCCUCUUCGCAUCUGUUCAUGUCUCGUGCCCAUCGCAGUUCCCCAGUCCGCUCAUGAUAAAAGAAUGGGUAGAUCAGCUGCAGCAGGAGCUGGUUUCUCUAGCAGACACAGCCAGCGCUGGAAAUAAUCUAAGACAGAUCUUUAUGGAUAAUCAGAAUUAUUUCACUGUGAAAACCAAUAAUGCGGCACAGCUUGUGGAAACAGCGGCACGGAAUAUAGAAAAUUUUUUGAAGAAGCGAGCCGCAGCUCUAGAGACUUUGGCAACUGCAGCAGAGAAUUUCCAAAUGGAACAUCAAUGGAAAGAUGAAUUUGAAGAGGAUGAUAUAGUUUACUUUAAUGCCAAGGAUAAUCUUGAUGCCAAUGAAACAGAAGGAAGGAAAAACCGGAUAAGACCUGAAUUUAAAGAAGACCCGUCAUUCAAAAACCGCUUUACCUCCUACAACCAUACAGCAGUGCAUAUCCCCACGGACAUAUAUGACGGCUCAACCAUUGUUUUGAAUGAGCUGAACUGGACUGAAGCACUGGAAGACGUCUUUAAGAAAAACCGAGAAGAUGAUCCAACGCUACUAUGGCAGGUGUUCGGCAGCGCUACUGGUUUAGCUCGCUAUUACCCAGCUUCCCCUUGGAUGGAUGCCAGGAAAACGCCCAGUAAAAUCGACCUGUACGAUGUGCGCCGACGACCUUGGUAUGUUCAAGGUGCCGCAUCGCCCAAGGACAUGCUGAUUCUUGUUGAUGCGAGUGGAAGUGUAUCAGGACUGACCCUUAAACUGAUCCGAACCUCUGUCAGUGAAAUGCUGGAGACACUUUCUGAUGAUGAUUAUGUCAAUGUUGUCCAUUUUAACACAAAAGUGAAUAACACCGCUUGUUUCGACCACCUGGUUCAAGCUAACGUCCGCAAUAAGAAGAUCUUAAAAGAUGCCGUGCAGAACAUCACAGCAAAGGGCAUCACCAACUACACCAAAGGCUUCGAAUUUGCUUUCACUCAGCUGUCAAAUCCAAACGUCACCAGAGCAAACUGCAACAAGAUCAUAAUGCUGUUUACUGACGGAGGCGAGGAGAGAGCAGAGGAGGUCUUCAGCAGAUACAACAUUGACAAGAAGGUGCGCGUGUUCACAUUCUCUGUGGGUCAACAUAACUAUGACACCGGGCCAAUAAAGUGGAUGGCCUGUGCUAAUAAGGGAUAUUUCUAUGAAAUCCCAUCCAUUGGAGCCAUUCGCAUAAACACACAGGAGUAUCUAGAUGUUUUGGGCAGGCCAAUGGUCCUUGCAGAUGCCAAACAAGUGCAGUGGACCAACGUGUACCUGGAUGCUCUGGAGUUGGGCCUAGUCAUCACAGGCACUCUACCUGUGUUCAACAAGACCAGAUCCAGGGACGGGGGAUCUCAAAGCCAGCAUCAGAACCAGUUGAUUUUAGGAGUGAUGGGGGUGGAUGUGUCUCUGGAUGAUAUCAAAAGAUUGACGCCCCGCUUCACAAUUGGUCCUAAUGGAUAUUAUUUCGCAAUUGAUCCCAACGGUUACGUGCUGCUCCAUCCAAACCUGCAACCAAAGAACCCCAAAUUCCAGGAGCCUGUUACGCUGGAUUUUCUGGAUGCUGAGCUGGAAAAUGACAUUAAAGUCCAGAUACGGACUUGGAUGAUUGACAGAGACCCUGGGGAGAAAACAAUAGAAACGCUUGUGAAAUCUCAAGAUGAGAGAUACAUUGAUCGAGGAAUCAGGACGUACACCUGGGCGCCGGUUAACGGGACAGACUACAGCCUGGCCUUGGUUUUGCCUGAAUACAGUCUGCAUUACAUCGAGGCAAACCUGGGGGACACUAUAAAACAAGCCAUGUCCUUUGAAACCAUGCAGCAGGAGAAAUUUGAGGAAUAUGGGUACACCUUUAUUGCACCCAGGGAAUACUGCAAGGAUCUCAAAGUCUUAUUCAACAACACCCAGUUUCUGAUGGACUUCAAUGAGUACAUUGACAGGAAAACUCCAAAUGAUCCUCUGUGUAAUCUCACUCUUGUAAACCGGUUGCUGCUGGACGCCGGUCUCACAGCAGACCUCGUCAAUGUCUGGAAGGAUCAGAAUGUAGAUGGAGUUUUGGCGCGCUUUGUGGCUACAGAUGGAGGCAUUACACGUGUGUAUCCUAAAAGUGCUGGGGAAGAAUGGGGUGAAAAUUCGGAGACCUAUGACUCAAGUUUUUACAAAAGGAGUCUGGACAAUGACAUAUACAUCUUCACUGCCCCAUACAUCAACAAGAGCAGAGAGUCUGGUUAUGAGUCCGGUAUCCUUGUCAGUAAAGCGGUGGACUUGGAUAUUAAUGGAGCAAAACUCAAACCUGCUGUGGUGGGAGUCAAACUCAAUGUGUCAGCCUGGAUGAACAGCUUCAUAAAUGCUACCACCAAGAAAAAUUGCAAGGAUGAGAUCUGCGGGUGCCUCAGAAAUGAUAAGCAAGUGGACUGCGUGAUUCUGGAUGAUGGCGGAUUCCUGCUCAUGUCCAAUCAGGAUGAAUAUAUCACACAGAUAGGUCAGUUCUUUGGUGAAGUGGACCCUGUUCUGAUGAUUACUUUGGUCAAUACCUCACUGUUCUCUUUUAAUAAAACCUAUGACUACCAAUCCGUCUGCGACCCGGAGAGAGAAACUAAAGCUGCUGCCGGACCCCGCUCUAUAUAUGUGCCGACGAUAGCAGAUAUGCUGACUGUAGGCUGGUGGGCCUCCACUGCGGUCUGGUCAGUUUUGCAGCAGCUACUUCUCAGUUUGACUCUCCCAAAUAUAGUGGGAACAGCAUACUCGGAGGAUGACCUCUCGGAUGCCUUCUCCAAAGAGAGCUGUAUCACCGAACAGACUCAGUAUUUCUUUGAGAACGAGAACAAAUCUUUCUCUGGAGCUAUGGACUGUGGAAACUGCUCCAGAAUGUACCGGGCUGAGAAGCUCCCAAACACAAAUUUGGUUUUUCUGAUCUCUGACGCCAAGAGUUCCUGUCUGUCCUGCGAUCCCAAACCACUGAGACAAGCCGAACAACCCUCUACUGGUCCUGAUCCAUGUGUGCUGGCCCAGACCCCUCGGUACAGGAAAGGACCGGACGUCUGCUUUGACAACAACAUAGAUGAGGACGCGUCUGACUGUGGUGGUGGCUGCAGUUUGAGUCCAUCUCUCUGGCCGAUGUUGGUCCUUCAGCUUCUUCUACUCUGGCUGCUUACUGGACCCAGAACCUGUUUGUCCUGACCAGAGCACAUCUACAGACUAGACUGACUGAAGUGCUUAUUAUACAGACCACAACAUAACCACACUUUGACUAUAUGACCUACGAUUGUUUGUUAGUCGACCCAAAACAAUUCGACUAAUGCAGAUUCAAACUUUACUGUAAAAUUGACAUGACUCAUCAACUCACUGCCAAAUACUGCCCUCUCAGACCAACCAGAAAAAGCAACACAGUCAGACACGAGAGACAUAUAUACACUUAUGUUUAUGACUUUGGAACACAAAACCACAUUAUGACCACAGAAUUGAAAAUGGUUCAUGCUAAAUGUUUAGUGCCACAAACAGGCAAAUAUAAUGUGUCAACAAAGUGGUCAAAGAUGGCUUGCAGCACCAGCCUAGAUCUGAAGCAGGGUUUAAUGGGACAGGAAAGGCUGUUCAGCUCUGGAGCUCAUUAUGAAUUCUGCUGGAAGUGAGAUUUGCAGCAGUAGCAGGUCAGUGAUGUCACACCCAAGCCCUUUAGGCCCAUCAAGAGCUGUUUUACUUGUUUUAUGUUCUUUGAUUUCUCUGGUAUGUGCAGUAGGGGAAAUCUCAUGAAGAAAUCUGUAAGUCAUAUUUCACCUCAACAUUAAAAGAUAUGAAUAUAUAUAUACAGUACCAUUGAAAAGUUGGGGGUUGGUAAGAAUUUUUGUAAUGCUUUUGAAAGAGGUCUUUUAUGUUCACCAAGGUAUUUAUUAAGAAUACAGCAAAAUAUUAUUACAACUAAAAAAAUUAACUGUUUGUAUUGUAAUGUUUUUAAAUGUAAUUUAAUUUCAAUGUAAAAAUGUUAAAAACAUUUUUUUUUUGUUUUUUGACAUUGUAAAAGUAUUUACUGUUAUGUUCACUUAAUGCAUAUAUAUAAGAUAAAAAAAAACUUACUGUCCCCAAAGUUUUAAACUUGUGUUGUGUGUAUGCUUUAAAAAAAAAAAUCGUCCUUUACAAUUUAAAUAAAAUAUUUUUAUUUAUUAUAUUUCAAAUAUUUUUUGCUUUUCACAUUAGAAUAAAUAGCAAAAAUUUGGGAGAAGAUCAUUGGCAUGAAAAUAAAGUCAGUAUAGACUUUCUUUAUAUGUGAAAAAAAGUGUUUGUGUAAUUUAUUAAUUUAUUUAUUUAUUGAGGUGACAUAUGACCUGGACAUUUCUUUCCAGUUCAUUUGAGACUAACCCAUGUGAUUUUAUCAAAUUUUUGCUCUUUGGGCUUAGCGUACUUUUGUUGCUAAUCAUAAACAUCUCAGAGAUCCCCUAAUAACUCGAUCAUCUGAGGUAACUGUAAGCAUAUGAUAUAAACGUUCGAAAAAAGUGCCAUGUUGAAUGUCAUGAUUCAAGGAAAAUUUCAUAUGCGAUCAAACCACAUAUGAAUGCAUCAUCUGAUGUGAAAUGCAGACGACUCUAAAGACUGAACAGCCUCCGAUUAGUAUAGCGAAGCCUUUUUUGUCGUGUCAGAAGUCACACGCUUGCGUCCAAAUGUCCAAAGCAUGUUGAAUGUGCUUUGUACCCUCCCUAUCCCGUCUGCAGGGCCCCUGCUAUCAGACGAUUGCGUGUUUUACUGUAUGUCGUCCAGAUAUUUCAUCUGUCAGAUUUUGUUCCAGCACGACAGACAUGAUAUCACAAGCGUGUCAGAUAUUACAUCCACAUGUUGAACCACUAUGCGAAAACACAGCACAUGACAGGUUAUAAAAAUGCUCAACCCUGGAGAACCGUGCAUUUAUGAUGGUUUAAUGUAUGUUUGUUUUAUUUAUUUAUUUGAUCGAAGGUCCGUGCAUGAGAUUAGACGAUAUCAAUCAAAACUACUGCCAAUGGGGGAAUAUUUCCAUGUUCCUUUGAAUGUUCUGGAAGAGGAACAAAAACCAAUGGCAAUGCCUAGAGCUAUGAAAAAUGAGAUAUUUAUCCAUCACAAUCCAAAGGCCAAGUAUCCAGGAAUAAAAUAGCAUGCUUCUCUCAUCGUUUGAGAGAAGUUUUAACAUUUGAUGGCUUAAAAGCGUUGUCUAUUUUAACAGUCAGUGUGUGCAUGAGUCUAUGGCUUGAUAUUCAUGCAAAAAAGAAAUGAUGAUGGCUUAAUUAGACUGAAUGGAGCUUUACAGUUUUAAUUUUUUUUGUGAAAGCCUUUUUGAUGAGGAGCCUGUAAAAGUGAUAUAAUUACAGUGAUGAUAUUAAGUGCAACUGAAAUUAAAGGCGGAAGGUUUAAUUUCAUAGUGAUUGCCAAAUGAGUAUGAAAUGUAAAGAAAUGCACGAGGUAGAUUUAAAGUAAAGUGUGUGUUUAGUUAACUGGAAAUCCGCAAAAUAUAGCUCGCACCUGUGCGUCCACGUCAGGCUUUAUCCUUCGGAAUGAGAUGAAUUUUUCUUUCUGUCUUCACUGAUGUAGCAUUGAGUUAUAGGCCUAAAUAUGCAGCGCAUUUAUGAAUUAUUACAGACGUUUUUGGACUCCUCUGAGGCUUUGGGGGUCUGGAUUUCUCAUCUCAGGCCUGGGGUGGAGGCUGUAGGAUGUAAUAUUUAAAUACCUCACUAAACGAAGAUGUGAGAUGUGAUUUGAUCCAAGAGAGCUGAACUAGCUCCCUUCUUUACAAACUAUACUGGGUUUUAAAUGCCAGCGAAAUGUAUACAAACCCCACAGAGACCGCUUCACCGUUUGAACGCAAAUUGAUCUCAUGCCAUGUCCGACAAAGAACGUCCGCAAAACGUGAAACAGGUUAAUGACAUGAUUAUUCUAAAACUAAAAACUUGAAAUCUGGCAGUGCCUAUACAUGGUUAGUCAAGAACAGCAAAUUACCUAAAAGUAGCAUUCAUCUGGGGUUUUAUUGGCUUGCUUCAAAACAAAGUGUUUUCAUAUGUUGUCCAUCAUGGUGGAAUACAAGAUCAUUUUUUUUAUUUUUCAACUUUUAUUAUUACACAUCACACACACAAAAAUAAUUUUAUGACACACUCUUAAAAAUAAAGGUUUAAAAAAGUAGAACAAAAUCAUAAAGCAUUUUUGGUUCUUCAGACAGCUUUUCAAUGAAAAGUUCUCAAAGGAAUUGUUCACCCAAAAAUAAAACCUCAGAGCAGCUGUACUCAUGGCGACCCGAGUUUGAUUCCCCUUUGCCAAUCCUGCUCCCCUUACUCCACUCAAUGCUUUCCUGUUGUCACUCUACUGUACUGUCUAAAUAAAAAAAGGCAUAAGAACCCCCACCCCCAAAAAACAAUAAAAUAAAAA